AUGGCUGGCUUCACGAGCGCCCACUUUCGUCCGAGGAUCAAUAGAGAGCUGUCCGUAGAGUCGGAGAGGUUCCCACCCGUGGGAGAACCCAGCGUCCCGCCCCAUCCCGAAGCGUGCGGCCGGGUUUUGAGCAACAUCAGUCCGCCGCCAUUGCGACGACCAUCUGGCCCAACCCUCAAUCGCAUCGAGCGCUUCGCGACCUGGGCCGACAGCCAAGCUCAACCCGUCAGAUCGCAUGGUAUUUCGUCACCGUCCGUUGCUGCUCCGGGCCCCGGGCUCGCAGUCAGGAUGCCUCGGCAGGUGACACCCCCUUCGACACCAGCUCCAGCGUCGCGUCGCACUUCGGAGCCUCCAGGCAUCAUCAACAUCAACAGCAGCACCACCCCAAAAGCGCAAACCGAAGCCGCCGUCGAGUGGACAGUGCCAGCGUUGAUUAAACAAUUCACCGCCCGCCGGCAAGAUAUCCGGGACCGCCACUCUCAACUGACUGGCUACAUUCUCGAGUCUACAAAGGCCACCGAACGCCGUGUACGUCACGGCGCAGACCUCUUUGCCAACGUGCAAAUCGCGGCGGUGGCCGAGGAGAAGGGCAAAACCAUGAGAAUCAAGUUCAAGCAACAUUUGAAAGGGAAGCGAGAUCAGCGAGAAUCGCAUUAUAUGCCGGUGUGCGUGCGGACCAACAAGGACCGAGUGCCAUCAUACCGCUUCCAUCCAGUGGAGAUCAAGAAGAAUGUCCUCACUCCCAACACGAUGCUUACGUUUGUGCCGCAUUUGAGAGACCUGGAAAGCUUCGAGGAAACAAAGUAUAACCUGUGGCUGAAGGAGCUGGAAGACAUUGAUCUCAAGUCUGGCUUCAAGCCCAUGAACCGAGAGGAAAAGCAGCUGCUGACGAUUCAGGGAGAGAGGACCGCGACAAUGUCCCUCUACCUGGACGCGUGGCUGGGGGAGAUGGCCAUACCUGGCUGCACCAAAUCAGCCCUGAUCAGCUACAUGGCGGCUAGGGAACCGGACGAUGCCUUGACACCGCAGCAAAAGACGGACAUUCUAAACUCGCACCGCGGUGACGAGAACACGACGCCAGGCGCUGCUCGGGCGGCAAAGAUGUUCACGGACGCGUUCCGCGCCGUCUUCAGAGACGGCCUGCCUCCCUCGAAGCAGAUAGACCUUCGCCGCGUGCUGAUGCUGGAUGAGUCGGUCGACACCAUAAUGGACUCGAAACCCAUUGCCAAGGACGCGACAAGCCCCCUGUUUGACGAGGAGGACGAGGACGAGCUGGCCGAGUCCAACUUGGCCACGUACUGCAUCCUCGGGUGUUUGAUAUGCUUCAGCCAUUCCUGCGAUCACGGCGAGUAUGACAAUAAAAACAUGAAGCGCACAUUUUCCAUCUCGUCGUGCUCGCACCUUUCCGACGCCUUGAAGAGGAGACGGAGGAGCAGGCUCAACAGCGCGUCCAACCGGCCCAACCAACCCUGUCGCCGUCGAUGCUACCGGCGGAGCUCGGACCGUGCGCGGAUGGACCUGCGCCCUCGGCCGUGGGCGGAAGACGAGAGGAUCGUGCUGCGGUCGGUGUUUACGACUGCGAGCCACAGCAGCUACAGGGGGGACCCCAUUUGCCUGGCGGCCGAGUUCCUCAACCGCGACUGCGACCAGGUACUCGCCGAGUUCACAUCCCUGGGCAUCUCUCUGCCGCAGCCGGAGCCCGCUGACGCAUCCCGUGUCAGGAACCUGUCGUGGUACGAUCGCCGUCGAAAGAUGCUGCUGGGCGACUGGCAGGACCACACCAUCAGCCAUGCGCACCAGCGCCGAGAAACCCUGGAGCCCUGCUCUCACGCAGGCCCUUGCGCGCCGCGGAUCUGCUCGUGCGUGGACGCCGGGGUCUUGUGCGACAAGUUUUGCGGAUGCACCGUCGAGAGGUGCGCCUACAAGUUCACGGGAUGCGCGUGCCAUUCGCAGGGGGCGACGUGCCAGCAGAGCAAGAAGGACAGGCCCUGCAUCUGCGUGCAGCUGAACCGCGAAUGCGACCCCCAGCUGUGCGGCACCUGUGGCGCUCUGCAACGCGCCGAUCCGCUAAACGCAGACGACGCGGAGCUCCACUCCACGGGAUGCCAGAACUGCGACCUGCAGCGCGGCGUGGGCAAGUCCCUGGUGCUGGGGCAAAGCCAGCUGGAAGGGGUGGGCUACGGCUUGUUCGCCGCGGAAGACAUUGCCCAGGAUGAGUUCAUCAUCGAGUACGUGGGGGAGCUCAUCACGCACGAUGAAGGUGUGCGGCGAGAAGCCCGGCGGGGCGACGUGUUUGACGAAGAGUCCAACGUGUCGUAUGUCUUUACUCUGCUGGAGAACGAAGGCAUCUGGGUCGACGCAGCCAUAUACGGCAAUCUGAGCCGAUACAUCAACCACGCGUCGGAGCACGAUAAGCGGGGGUGCAACAUAACGCCCCGCAUCCUGUAUGUCAACGGGGAGUAUCGAAUCAAGUUUACGGCGCUGCGAGACAUCAAAACUGGGGAAGAGCUGUUCUUCAACUACGGCGAGAACUUCCCCAACCUGACGAAGAAGCUGCUGGACGACAAGGCAGCUAGGGAGCCCGAGGCCAAGCCAAAAGGCACCGCGCGGGCUCGACGGCCUGAGAAGGGAGAGGCUCCAACGGCGCGCAACCAUGCCAGAAACGACCCGAAACGGAAACCAGGGCGACCAAGGGUCAAGCGAGACCUGCCGCCUGGGUUCGCCUUGGAGGAGCUGGGCGGAGACGGUGGGUCCACGCCACGGACGCGGAAACGAAAGCUGGAAGGCGCCGACGUUGGCGACGAUUACAAUACCGCUGCAGUAUCUGACGGGGCGACGCAGGGCGAGGAUUCCGGCCGUGAGUCGGACGAGCCAGGAUCAGCGUCUAGGUUGCGGAAGAGAACCAAGCCAUCCUAUCAGACCGAGUCGCCAACCAAGCGGAUGGAAGCGGCAAAAAAGACACGAGGCAAGCGUGGUGGUGCGCGACCGGGCAGCGGGCGGCCAAGAAAACAUCCUCGACCAACGGCCAAACCAACCUCAGUCCCUCCACGGAGUGAAGAUGCACCAGCCCAAUCUUUGCCCUCGCCAACACGCACACUUGGUGUAGAGGGCGCCACCAUUGUAGCCACAAGAGCAGGCACACAGGGAGAAGCGGCAGAAGCGGCAGCAGCGGCAGCAGCGGCGGCGGCGGCGGCGGUCGCAGAACAAGUGGCGCCGAGCGCCUUGAUGAGAGUAUGCACACCGGAACCAAAGCGAGUGACGAGAAGGUCCGAGAGACUAGAGGCUACGGUGGAAAUCGAGGAUAGCGAUGACCCAUCGAUUUUGCAAGCAUCUCAGGACAGUGGCACGACAAGACAGGCUGACGAGGCCGGGCAGCUGGAAGAAGACGAGGACGAUGAGGACGUGGUGGUGCGGAAGAGGAGUAGGGGAACGAGGAAACGACGCCUGCCAGCCAAAUUCAGAGACGAAGAUAUCUGGACGUAG